CUCUGAGGGGGGUUCGUCGUUGCUGUAACACCGAAAUUAAUAUCUUGCUCUAAUGAAGUUACUAUGAUCUUACCGUUAGGGUUAUUAUUUCGAAACAAACCGGACAGUCCAUUUUCGUACAGUGUUUCCAAUGACUUAUAAUCUGUCUCGAGGAACUACAAUGCGCCACGGAACAACUUUUUCCCGCAUUACACGUCCUCAGAUGAUUCAAAACGUUCUUCAUUGUUUUACAAUGGGGUAAAUUACACUGCCACCAUUCACCAUUGGCUUGCGCCUCUCGUUUUCGACACUUAUGUGCGUGUAGUAACAACACUAAUUGUUGUUGAAUCAAUUUUCGUCUUUCUGUGAUUGCUAGAUAAAGUAAUAUGAAGGACAACAUAAGACAACGCAUGCACUAACUACACAUAAAAUAAUAAAACCGACACUUACUCGUCGAAGACGGUGGCGGCCCCGCCCCCUGGUUCUGGGUGGCGGUUUGUGGUCCUGGUUGUGUUCCGGACUGAGGUUGGGCAGGUGAUGAUGCAGGCAGUUGGGGUGUGGCGACACCUUGAGGUCCGGCGUUGGGAUAUGACAUUGCGCCCCUUUUGAGGUACUGUAUGGUUCCCAGGAUGGUGUGGCCACGGGUAUGAAGCUGAGAUAGGCGCUAGGAAUGGGCAAAAGUAACCGGUUAUUGUUCUUAAAGUUAACCGUUUAUUUCAGGUUAUUUUGAAACCGCGAUUUAAUCGGUUAUUGGAUGUAAUAACUGGCGAUAAAGGUUAUUUUGUGGGUGCCUGCUAGCUGCCCGUGUCCCAAGACUCCCAAGCUGCUUUCACUUACACGAAAAACGAAACCUCACCAAUUACAGAUUAGUUUUCAUUAUAUUGUCUGGUUGGCACUUUUAGUAGCCCUGCGCGUAACAGUUGUCGCUGCUCGUGGUCUGCGUUAUCUUAUCUUACUUGUGUUAAAAGCGCUAAAAUUCACUUAAUUUUAUUGACAGCCCUUGUUGACGUUUCUGGGGGAUUUUCGUGUUUCGCUAGUAACAAAACUUCAACCUCAAAAUACCAACAAGUGACGUGUAAACAUUUCACUCCUGAAAUUUUAAUCCACACACAAUGAGUUCGUUUAAACGCGACAAAAAGGAGGAAGAAGACGGGGGCGGCAACCCUUUUCAAAACAUUGAGAAAACAACAGUGUUGCAAGAAGCUCGUGUCUUCAACGACACGACCGUCAACCCCAGAAGAUGCACCCACAUUCUCACCAAACUUCUCUAUCUUUUAAACCAGGGGGAACAACUUGGUACCAAAGAAGCCACAGAUGUGUUUUUUGCAAUGACUAAACUAUUUCAAUCCCGUGAUGUAAUCCUACGCAGGAUGGUUUAUCUAGGAAUUAAAGAAUUGAGCUCAAUUGCCGAUGAUGUUAUCAUUGUUACUUCAAGUCUCACAAAAGACAUGACAGGGAAAGAAGAUUUAUACAGAGCGGCCGCCAUUAGGGCCCUUUGCAGUAUUACAGACGCGACAAUGUUGCAAACAAUUGAAAGAUACAUGAAACAGGCGAUUGUGGACAGAAACUCAGCUGUGAGUUCAGCAGCUCUUGUCAGUUCGCUACAUUUGACCAAAUUGGCCCCAGAAGUGGUCAAACGGUGGGUUAACGAGGCCCAAGAGGCCGUCAAUAGCGACAAUAUAAUGGUCCAAUACCACGCGUUGGGGCUCUUGUACCACAUCCGCAAGACGGACCGCUUGGCCGUGACCAAGCUGGUGGCAAAACUGACUCGAAUUUCGCUAAAAUCGCCCUACGCCGUGUGUAUGUUGAUCCGCAUUGCUGCUAAGCUCCUUGAUGAGGAAGACACUGGUAACGAUUCACCCCUCGCUGAGUUUAUCGAGUCUUGUCUUCGUCACAAGAGCGAAAUGGUGGUCUACGAGGCGGCCCACGCCAUCGUCAACCUCAAACGCACCACCAGUCGCGAGUUAGCCCCCGCAAUCAGUGUCCUUCAACUGUUUUGCGGAUCACCAAAACCGACUUUGCGUUUCGCCGCCGUUCGUACAUUGAAUCAAGUCGCGAUUUCGCAUCCGGCCGCUGUGACGGCUUGCAACUUGGAUUUGGAGAAUUUGAUAACGGAUUCGAAUCGAUCAAUCGCGACUUUGGCCAUUACGACGUUGUUGAAGACGGGGGCUGAGUCGUCGGUUGAUCGGUUGAUGAAACAGAUUGCGACUUUUGUGUCGGAGAUCAGCGAUGAGUUUAAGGUGGUGGUGGUGCAGGCGAUUAGGGCGUUGGCGUUGAAGUUUCCACGGAAGCAUAGCGUUUUGAUGAAUUUCUUGUCGGCGAUGUUGAGGGAUGAAGGCGGGUUGGAGUACAAGGCGUCGAUUGCUGAUACGAUUAUCACAAUAAUUGAGGAUAAUCCAGAGGCGAAGGAGGCGGGAUUGGCGCAUUUGUGUGAGUUUAUUGAGGAUUGCGAGCACACGUCGUUGGCGGUGAGGAUUCUGCAUCUGUUGGGCAAGGAAGGACCGAGGACUAAACAACCCUCAAGGUGCAUUCGUUUCAUUUAUAACCGCGUCAUUUUGGAGAACCCCACCGUUCGAGCAGCCGCCGUCUCGGCCAUGGCCCAAUUCGGGGCCACCUGUCCCGACCUCCUCGAGAACAUCCAAGUCCUCCUUGCACGUUGCCAAAUGGACUCCGAUGACGAAGUCCGCGAUAGGGCCACCUACUACAGCAGUAUCCUAGGCCAACAAGACAAGGGGCUGUACAAUAACUACAUCCUGGAGACUCUGCAAGUGUCGAUCCCGGCCCUGGAACGCUUCCUCAAAGACUACACGCAAAACCCGAGCGACAGCCCCUUUGACAUGAAAUCGGUCCCGAUCGCGGUCAUCCCCACCCGUGAGGAGACCGAAGACAAGCACAAGUCGGAAGGAAUGAUAAUUUCCAACGGCCCCCCUAAACCCGCAACUGUCUCACGCGAGGAGAACUUCGCAGAGAAGUUGAGCCAAAUCCCCGGAGUCGCCGAUUUGGGGCCCCUGUUCAAGAGCUCGGAAGUGGUCGAAUUGACCGAAUCCGAAACCGAGUAUUUCGUGAGGUGCAUCAAACAUUGUUUCACCAAUCACGUUGUGUUGCAAUUCGACUGUUUGAACACUCUCAGUGACCAAUUAUUGGAGGAUGUGCGAGUCCAGCUUGACACCAGUGAGGGUUAUACCAUUUUGAAGGAGAUUCCGUGCCCCAAAUUGCCGUAUAACGAGACAGGCUCGGCUUAUGUUAUUUUGCAAUUCCCUGAGAAUGAUUUACCGAAUAGCGUGGGCACGUUUGGGGCCGUUUUGAAGUUUAUUGUCAAGGAUUGUGACCCCAAUACGGGGCUGCCGGACACCGACGAGGGGUACGAUGAUGAGUACAUGCUCGAGGAUUUGGAAAUCACACUCGGGGACCAAAUCCAGAAGAUAAAUAAGGUCAAUUGGGGGGCUGCGUGGGAGGAAGCCAUAGCCACCUGUGUGGAAAUGGAAGAUACUUACUCCUUGAGUUCGAUGAGUACUUUAGAGGAAGCGGUGAAAAAUAUUAUCCAGUUUUUGGGGCUCCAGCCGGCUGAACGAACCGAUAAAGUCCCAGAAGGGAAAACCACACAUACUUUACUCCUAGCCGGGAUGUUUAGGGGCGGCAUUGACAUUCUUGUGAGGGCCAAACUGGCCCUUGCUGACGGUGUGACAAUGCAAUUAACGGUGAGGUCAACUGAUGGCGACGUUGCUGAAUUAAUUACGUCAACAGUAGGAUAAAAAGUUAUAUUCAUGUUUCUAAAGUUAUUAAACCACGUAUUGAUUAUCCUGCA